ACAGUGCCUUGCUUUUUCACCCAUGGAUUCAUAGUCCGGUGGUUUAUUAUAAGGUGAAGUGGAAGCAACCAUUGACAAGAUUGCAGCGGCAAUGGAGAAGGAUAAGACAAAGAAGAAACUCUCUCUCCAAGAAUUUGUUUCCAUCACCUCCCCUCUACUCGAUUUGGAAAAGGAAGCUGAGAUAUCAGCUUCUAUUAGUUCAGGAACAUCAAGAAACUUGGAUAAUGCUCAAAAGAGAGGCUCUACAAUUCUUAAUUUGAAGUGUGUUGAUGCGCAGACAGGGCUAAUGGGGAAAACUCUUCUUGAAUUCCAAUCUAAUAAAGGAGAUGUUCUUCCUUCUCAUAGGUUUAGCACCCAUGAUGUGGUAGUUUUGAAACCAAACAAGGCUGAUUUAGGAUCUCCUGCUCUUGGACAAGGGGUGGUUUACCGGCUAAAGGACUCAUCCAUCACUGUUGCCUUUGAUGAUAUACCAGAAGAGGGUUUAAAUAGUCCCCUGCGCCUGGAGAAGGUGGCAAAUGAGGUAACAUAUCGGAGGAUGAGGGAAGCCUUAAUUCAAUUGAGCAAAGGUGUGCAAAGGGGUCCUGCUGCUGAUUUAGUUCCUGUCUUAUUCGGAGAGAGACAGCCAACAAUGUCAAAGAAGGGUGUUACAUUUACUCCAUUUAACUCCAAUCUUGAUCAUUCUCAGAAAGAUGCAAUUUCAAAGGCCUUGUCAUCAAAGGAUGUAUUCUUGCUGCAUGGGCCCCCUGGAACUGGGAAAACAACAACUGUGGUGGAAAUCAUAUUACAAGAAGUAAAACGUGGAGCCAAGAUCCUUGCAUGCGCCGCAUCAAAUAUUGCAGUGGAUAACAUUGUUGAGCGACUUGUUCCUCACAGAGUAAAGUUGGUGAGAUUGGGGCACCCUGCACGCUUACUACCUCAAGUGUUGGACAGCGCACUUGAUGCACAGGUUCUAAAGGGAGACAAUAGCUCUCUUGCAAAUGACAUCAGGAAGGAAAUGAAGGCAUUAAAUGGGAAGUUGUUAAAAACCAAAGACAAAAGCACAAGAAGGGACAUCCAGAAGGAGCUCAGGACUCUUUCAAAAGAAGAACGCAAAAGGCAGCAACUAGCUGUGACAGAUGUAAUUAAAAAUGCAGAUGUGGUAUUGACAACUUUGACUGGUGCAUUAUCUCACAAGCUGGACAAUACAUCAUUUGAUUUGGUUAUUAUUGAUGAAGCUGCUCAAGCACUUGAGAUAGCUUGCUGGAUUGCUUUGUUAAAGGGUUCAAGGUGUAUACUUGCUGGAGACCAUCUUCAGCUUCCUCCGACCAUCCAAAGUGUUGAAGCUGAGAAGAAAGGCUUAGGAAGAACCCUCUUUGAACGCCUUGCGGACCUGUAUGGAGAUGAAGUUACAUCAAUGCUUACUGUCCAGUACCGUAUGCAUGAACUUAUUAUGAACUGGUCGUCUAAGGAGCUAUACAAUAGUAAGAUCAAGGCCCAUCCUAGUAUUGCUGCUCAUAUGCUUUCUGACCUUGAGGGUGUGAAGAGGUCUUCAGCCACAGAACCAACCCUUCUUCUCAUAGACAUUGCUGGGUGUGACAUGGAAGAAAAAAAGGAUGAAGAAGAGAGCACGUUAAAUGAGGGAGAAGCUGAUGUUGCUGUGGCCCAUGCUAAGAGACUUGUUGAGAAUGGAGUUCAGGCUUCUGAUAUUGGAAUAAUUACCCCCUAUGCUGCACAGGUUGUCUUGCUGAAGAUAUUGAGGAGCAAUGAAGAUAAGCUCAAGGAUGUGGAGAUCUCAACAGUUGAUGGUUUUCAAGGCCGAGAGAAAGAAGCCAUCAUUAUUUCAAUGGUUCGAUCAAACUCAAAGAAAGAGGUGGGGUUUUUGAGCGACCGCAGGCGAAUGAAUGUGGCUGUGACACGAGCAAGAAGACAGUGUUGCCUUGUCUGUGACACUGAGACAGUGACUAGCGAUGGCUUUUUGAAGCGCUUGAUUGAAUAUUUUGAGGAACAUGGCGAGUAUCUAAGUGCCGCGGAGUACUGCAACGAAUAACAGAAGAUUCAUGGAGGGGGGCCCUGUGCAUAUCAGGGAUCAUUGACCUGCUUACUGCAGGAUAUAGUUCCAACAAAAUAAUUAUAGCCAAAGAAUCUGAUACUCUGAAAAUUUGGUUUUACUGGCAUUAUUUAUCUGCGAAAUUAUUUCCGAAAGAAGGCUGAUUAUGCAUAACCUGUUAAUGUUUAUCGUUGUUUGCUUGACCAGAAUGUUGAGUUUAUAAACCAUGUCUUACAAAUAUUUUAUUUUGCA